AUGAACGUGGAAAAGGAGGUGAUGGUCAGUUUUGACGUAGAGUCUCUCUUUACCAAUGUACCCGUUCAGGAAUGCUUAGAAGUGGUUAAGAAGAAAUUGCAUGACAACAAUAUCCCGAUGGAAUAUGCUAAACUUGUGGAGCACACUUCUAUUAUCCAGUUAUUUUGUAUACAGGGGGAAUUCUUUCUGCAGAUUGAUGGAGUAGCUAUGGGUAGUCCCGUAGCUCCUGUGAUUGCCAAUUUGUGGAUGGAACAUUUCGAAGAACGUGCUAUGUCCACCUUCCCAGUUCCAUUGAAGUGUUGGAUAAGAUACGUAGACGAUAUCUUCUGUAUAUACAAAGGAGGAAAACCACAGACUGAUCAAUGUUUACCGCAUCUGAACGCCAUCCACAAAAACAUGCGGUUCACAGCAGAAAUGGAGAUGAAUCGAGCUUUGGCCUUUUUGGAUGUUAAAGUGUCAGUAAGAGCAGAUGGCACUCUGAGUCACUAUGUGCACAGAAAACCAACACACACUGAUCGUUAUCUACACGCGACCUCUCAUCAUCACCCUCGCCAUUUGAAUGCGGUAGUAACAUCUUUAACCAACCGAGCAUAUGACAUAUGCGACAAUGAGCACAUAGACGCUGAAAUCAGCCAUGUACAGAAGGUUCUUCGCAAUAAUGGUUAUAGGAUAGAUGUUGGAGCCUUGCGGCCAAAACCAAAGGUCAAGACGACCGUACCCAGGGUUGAACGUCAGCCAGCAUUUCUUCCAUAUCUGAAGGGAGUUACUGAUAAGAUAGGAAAUAUUUUGAAUAAAUAUUUAAUAAAAACUAUAUUUACCCCUUCAAAGAAAAUCGCACAGAGUCUACGUUCCCCGAAAGACUGUUUUCCGUUUGAGAGCCCCGGCGUAUACAAAAUAGACUGUAGUUGUGGUAGUUCGUACAUCGGACAAACAAAACGGUCUAUUUCCUGCCGGAUUAAAGAACAUAUUAGUGACAUGAAGAAAAAUGACGUGCAGAAAUCUGCUAUAGCUGAGCAUGAGCAGUAUUAUCAAGAGAGACAUGCGGCCUUAAUGUUGGUGCUGGAGAUGCAAACUGGAUCGUCAUCGCCGAUCCAGCAACGCUUUAUUAAAAAUGGUGUUGUUGAAAAUGCAAGGAACAACAUAGAGAGAGCCCAGUACGAGAGGGAACGACGUGAGAGGCAAUCGAGGGCGAUGGCGAUGCUCGCCGACGCGCUCGGGUGCAGCCCCACGACAUCAAAUACAGAACUAAUGGCGACAGUGGUCAACUUUCUACAGAAGCGUCCUAAAAUAUGA